GUGAAUGUUGUCGAUUUGUUUAAGGAAUUAAGCAUAAAGCACACGGGUAUAGAACCAACCUCGGGCACCAACAUGCCUGCUACAUUUACUCAUAUAUCUAAUGGUUACGAUGCUCAAUACUACGGCUAUCUGUGGAGCGAGGUGUUUAGCGCUGACCUCUUCGAAUCCCGCUUUCGUAAUGCUCCUGAUAGGGGUUGCCUAAGUCCCAUCGUCGGCAGGGAGUAUCGAGAGAAGAUUCUUGCACCAGGUGGUUCGCGUGAUGCUGCAGACAUGUUGCGCGAUUUUCUUGGUCGCGAUCCCAAUGAAAUGGCCUUCCUCAGGCAGAUUGGACUUAAGCCUGAAGAUAACACAUAA